CGCGCGCACUCAGCCUCCAGUGUCUGCUGCUGCGGUCACGAGCUUGUUGCCAUGGUGAUCACGUGGUGCGCGGUCAGCUGACUGUGGACUUCCGGGUUGUGUCGUCAGCUCUUCAUGUCGGAACGGCAGGAUUAAAAAGGUGCAAAGUGUCUCAGCAUGAACGCGUCAGACAGCGAGGAGGACUGCUACAACGAGAGGACGGCGCUGGUCCAGGCCGAGAACCCGGCGCUGCCGUCUUACCGGCCGGAACCUGAGCAGGCCCCGCCCACCAACGCCGAACCCAAAAUGCAGGGCGGGGCGAGACGGGGCGGCUCACCCGUGCUGGACGGCGGCGAGGCGGACCAGGAGGCCGACGUGGACGAUGAGGAACUGACCCUGAAGUACGGAGCCAAACACGUCAUCAUGCUGUUUGUCCCCGUCACGCUCUGCAUGGUCGUCGUGGUCGCCACCAUCAAGUCGGUCAGCUUCUACACGGAGAAGAACGGCCAGCAGCUGAUCUACACACCGUUCACAGAGGACACAGCGUCUGUCGGCCUGCGGCUGCUAAACUCCGUCCUCAACACCAUCAUCAUGAUCAGCGUCAUCGUGGUCAUGACCAUCUUCCUGGUCGUCCUCUACAAGUACCGCUGCUACAAGUUCAUCCACGGCUGGCUCAUCCUGUCGUCCCUCAUGCUCCUCUUCUGGUUCAGCUUCAUGUACCUCGGGGAGGUGUUCAAGACGUACAACGUGGCGAUGGAUUACCCGACGGUGGGGAUGAUCAUCUGGAACUUUGGGGCGGUGGGGAUGAUCUGCAUCCACUGGAAGGGCCCCCUGCAGCUGCAGCAGGCCUACCUCAUCGUCAUCAGCGCCCUCAUGGCGCUCGUCUUCAUCAAGUACCUGCCCGAGUGGUCGGCCUGGGUCAUCCUGGGCGCCAUCUCCAUCUAUGACCUGGUGGCCGUCCUGUGUCCUAAAGGUCCUCUCAGGAUGUUGGUGGAAACGGCUCAGGAACGCAACGAGCCCAUCUUCCCUGCUCUGAUUUACUCCUCUGCCAUGGUGUGGACGGUGGGCAUGGCGAACCCGUCGGCGCACAGCGAGCGCCCGGCGCAGGACGCCGCUCCGCUGUGGGAAGGCGAAGAGGCGGAGCAGAGCAGCGCAGGGGCGGAGCCAGAGAGCAGACCGUCCAGGUCCUACCCAGCAGAUGAGGACCUAGAAGAGGACAGGGGAGUGAAGCUCGGCCUCGGGGACUUUAUCUUCUACAGCGUGUUGGUGGGCAAAGCCGCCGCCACCGGAGAAGACUGGAACACCACGCUCGCCUGCUUCGUCGCCAUCCUUAUUGGCCUGUGCCUCACUCUGCUGCUGCUGGCCAUCUUUAAGAAAGCUCUGCCGGCUCUGCCCAUCUCCAUCACCUUCGGCCUGGUCUUCUACUUCUCCACAGAUUACCUGGUCCGACCUUUCAUGGACAGCCUGGCCGAUCACCAGUUCUACAUCUGAAGCUCCGCCCCCCUCCUACGGCAGGGCAGCCAUUGGUCGAUAAAAUGCACAAACACUUCCUCUCAUGCCUGUCUUCUUCCUGUCUUCAGUCGUUUUCCUGCAGCAGAGAUUUGUGUGGGGAAGCAAAGUUUAAAGUGAAUAAAGGCGCCCGACAACAGGAAGUGAUGUCACUGCUGGAGUCGGCGCUCCGGCGGCGCUCAGGUGGACGUCUGGUUCCUUGUGGCCUUCGGGCGCCGCUGUUCAAAUCAAAUCUGUCAUUUUCUCAUGGCGCCGGGGGGUUAAAGGUUAAAGGUUAAAGGUCUCUACUUUUCGCUUCAGCUCAGAUUUUGUGGUGAAUUUAUUUUGUCGUCUGCUGCCACCUCAGUUUGUGUUUCUGCUUCCAAACGCCGCCCUCGCCUCGCCCUCGCCUCGUCGUGGCCUCGCCCUCGCCGUGGCCUCGCCGAGGCCUCGCCGUGACCCCGCCAUGGCCUCGCCAUGGCCUCGCUGUGGCCCCGCCCUCGCCUCGCCUCGCCAUCGCAGCUUCCUGCUCCUGCACAGAUGAAACUGUGGGACAGGAAGUGGCGACAGGCACCAGGUUUCUUCCUGUUGGUUUCCAGAGCGUCUUUGAGUGUCAUGAAGAAUUAGACCCUGAAAUAUCGUCCAGUGUCUCUUUCACAGAGACUGAACGAGCAGCAGAGACUGAAGUUUAAAGAACCAAAGAAGAAACCUGGUGCCUGUCGACGCUGAGAGGCCCAGACUCUGGGAAUGCAGAUGUGCAGGAAAGUCUUUCAGGACUCCAAACCGUUUUUACCGUCGGUGUUUUAGAUCCUGAAACAUUUUCCGGGUCAGUCAUGAGGCUGUGAGCUCGUCUGUGAUUGGCUGGAAGGCCGACCAACAGGAUCUCAGGCUUUUGCUUUAACUUGUGCUGAAGACAAACCCCCAAACCCAGAGCCGCGUUUUUGUUUGUUUGUUUGUUUGUUUGUUAGUUUGUUAGUGAACCCGUUCAUCUGAGCGUCCAAACAAACACAUAAGCCAGAGGCCUGGAGAACACCUGGAGAACACCUGGAGAACGCCUGGAGAACCAGGGUUCUCCUGUGUCAUGUCAGCAUCCAAUUCACCCACAGAACUAGAAUUCAGUAGAACGGUCAUCGCUCCGUCCAGCACAGAAUAAAACAGUCAGAAUGGAUCUGUGUGUGUGUGUGUGUGUGUGUGUGUGUGUGUGUGUGUCAUGCGGCGUUGACACCUCACCAGCAACACUCAGCAGAGAAAGCCGGUAUUAUCAUGGCAAAGCUGUGUGUAAGCGGCUCAUUCAGUAAAACCACACACACACACACACACUCUGUAAACAUAAAACACACACACACUCUGUAAACGUAAAACACACACACUCACACACACGAGCAGUAAAAACAUGUAUGAAUAUAAUAAAACAUAAAUCAAAUGUGUUGUGGGAUUUUAUUUGAACAGUUCAGGGCUGUGAUGUUGUCUGGCCUGCAGCGCCCCCCACAGGCCAGCAGGGGGACAGGUGUUCAUGUCCUCAGGUGAAGGCAGCCGCAGCCGACACACACACACACACACACUCUGUCGGCCAUGUUGGAGGACUGCCUGCACACCUGUGCUGGCUGAGCAGCAGGUGGCGCUGUCUCACCUGAAGUCUGACUGAGGGAGUUUCCAUGUGAAAGACACUGAAAUGUUUUAUAAUCCAUCAUCUACUCAAUAAAUUAUGGGAUGGCAUGUUUCAUGUGUGUUUGU